AUGGUAAGAGUACAAGCUUCGGACAACAACUUUUUCGAACGAAUCACUCAACCGUUGGAUGUGAAUGAACCUGCCGACGACGAACUUCUCACUAUCCGAAACCUCACAUUGAAUGCCGAUCGAAAGCAGCUCGAGGCACUGUAUGUCGAGGCACUGUACACCAUUACGCACAAGGUCGGCAAGGAAGAAUGUGAGAGUCGAGAAAAUCUCUACAAAUAUGUGCGAGCCGCCUUUCAAGGGGACACUCAGCUACACAAUGCACUCAUGGAAAAAGCGAAACAAAAUAAGCCGCCGGUCGUACUUCUCAAUGUCUUGCUGCUCGAGGCUAAAGAUCUCAUAGCAAAGGAUAUCAAUGGAUUCAGCGACCCAUUUACAAUGAUGGGCGUGGUCCCGGGGAAACGAGAAAUGGCCGAGGUGAUUGAACCAAAUGAGGAAGAAGGAGGAAAAUCACCGCGAAACCAGCUGAAACGAGACAGUGUUUUGCAUAGAUUCGGCGGCUCAUUCCGACGUAAAGGACUUGGUCGUUUCUUCAAGGAAGUGGCCCAAAGUGCUCGAGCUGAUUCCGAUGACACCACUGACGACUUCUUAGGAUGUAUAAGCAUGAACCUCAGCGAUAUUCCGCCAGAUGGAAUCGAGCACUGGUUCCCCUUACAGCCUCGUUCCGAGAAGAGCAAGGUCUCAGGCAGUGUAAAGUUGAAGUACCUGUUUGAUCCUGUACCCUGUCCCCCUUGUGAGAUCUUCGACUGCUCAAAUUCUUAG